UAUAAUUUUCUGCAAGUUAUUCCUAAUUUGAUAUUUUGGGCAAUUUCGAACUUAGAUUUUCAAUUGAAUCCUCAAUGGGGUGUUAAUUUGACAGAGGUUUGAAUGAGAGAACAGGGAACAAUGGAAACUGAAAAAACGUGAGAAAAAUAAAAUUAAAGGGGUUAACUGUUUUUUAUUUUUUAAAAAUUUAUUUGUCUAUAUAUAUAUAAUUUAAUAAUACAUAGUAGUACAUAAAAUUUACAAUACAUAUCAAUAUUUGUCAUGUACUGUAGACUCUCCCAAGAAUUUGUGCAAAUAAUUUAUGAUUAUCGAUAAUAAUUAAAGAUAUUUUUGUUUAAAUGUCUUGAUUGACAAAUAUGCCCGUUAAAGUGGGGGAUUUAUUUUCAAAGAUGAAGUAAAAAACUCAAAGUUGAAAGUUCAAAGUCUAGUCUUCUCAUCCCGUCAAAAAAAAAAGGUCUAGUCUUCUCCAAAAAAAAAAAAAAAAAAAAAAAAGCCCUUAAGGAAGUGCAACAAAAAAAGAGGGGAAAAAACAUAGCGUCUAAAAUUCAAAGUUGAAAGUUCAAAGUCUAGUCUUCCCCACAACUUGCCUACUUGCAUGUCUCUACAUCCUAAUCCCUAUUGAUAAUGAAUUGCGAGUAUAUCUUUCUUCCAACUUUCACCUUGACUAUCAUAGUAUCAUGUAUGCUUUUGUUUAAUAAGUGUUUACAGAAAUCCGAUCCAUUACUGAAUUUACACCAUAGUUUGUAAGAGUUAUCUUUCUCUAUUCUUUUUUGAGAAGUUAUAGCAAUUAUCUUGAAAAAUAAAGCAUGUCCGGCUCAAGCAUUGUAUUUAACUUGAUCGUUUUCGCCACGUCUAUGCUGUUGUGUUUUCAGCACUCUAAAGUGGGCGGGAACAAUGAAACAGAGAGAUUGGCAUUGCUUGAAAUCAAAGCACAAAUACGCGAUGAUCCCUUGGGUAUCAUGACCUCGUGGAAUGACACCCGACACUUUUGUAAGUGGCACGGUGUUACUUGUAGCCGUAAAUAUGAGCAAGUGACGAAACUAAACCUGAAAUCUGCACAUCUCACGGGUACACUCUCUUCCCAUAUAGGAAAUUUAAGUUUCCUUACAAAAUUGUUCCUUGAAAACAACUUUUUUUAUGGUAGGAUCCCGGAAAGUCUAGGAAAAUUAAAGAAUAUGACCUUUUUAUCUUUAGAAAACAAUAUGUUUUACGGCAUAGUCCCUCCUUCAAUCUAUAAACUCUCGUUAUUGAUAAAUUUAUCUUUCCUACGUAAUGACUUAAAAGGUAACCUACCUUCAGAUUUAGGCAUUACUCUUCCUCGUCUUACAUUCUUGUCAUUAAGCUACAAUCAAUUCACCAGUCAUAUUCCGGCUUCAAUAUCCAAUUGUUCAAAUUUAGAAACUCUCCAACUCCAUAAUAACAAUCUUCGAGGACAAGUUCCUUCUCUAAACAAGUUAGUUAGACUAACUCACCUCGUCCUUUCCCAUAACAACUUAGGUUAUAAUCAACCUGAAGAUUUCAAUUUUGUUUCAUCCUUGGCCAAUUCUACCAACUUACAACUAUUAGAGAUUGAUCAAAACAACUUCUAUGGAGCUUUUCCUCAAGUCAUUUGCAAUUUCACAUUGCUUACUUACUUGUUCUUAAAUGAUAACCACAUAUAUGGUGAAAUUCCAAUGUGCAUCGAAAACUUAUUGAAAUUGCAAAUUUUUUCGGUUUAUGAUAACAAUCUUUCUGGGGUCAUACCCCAAAACAUAACCAAGCUCCAAAAUCUCUACAUCUUGUAUUUGCAUAACAACCAUCUAACUGGGGUCAUUCCACCUUCAAUCGGAAACUUAACUAGGUUGUCAGCCUGUUACCUAGCUAAUAAUCGAAUUCAAGGCCAAAUACCUUCGAGUCUAGGAAAUUGUACAUCACUAACAUCAUUAUAUCUUGCUAAUAACAACCUUACUGGCAAAAUACCCGUAGAACUAUUUAACCUCCCCUCCUUGUCAGUCCAAGUUGAUUUAUCCAAAAACAAACUAGUUGGUUCUCUACCUGAUGAAGUUAGACAACUAACUAAUCUUCAGACCCUUCUACUCUCAAGCAACAUGCUAUCUGGUGAGAUACCAAACUCUAUCAGUAGUUGUGUCGCGCUAGAGUACUUGUACCUUGCAAAAAAUAAGUUCCAUGGAGCUAUUCCUGAUGCAUUGCACUCAUUAAAGGGUCUCGUUGAACUCGAUUUGUCAUACAACAAUUUGUCAGGUCCGAUCCCACAGUUUCUAGAGAGUCUGCAGUUGCGAUUGCUGAAUAUAUCACACAAUAAACUUGAAGGUAAAGUACCCAUUGGCGGAGUAUUUAGCAAUGCAACUAAUGUUUUAGUCGAUAACAAUAGUAGGAUCUGCGGAGGCAUACCUGAACUGAAGUUACCCCGCUGUAGUGUAAGCCAAAACAGUCAGAAAAGAAGUUCAGUGCAGAGGAAAAAAUUGACAGUCGCGAUUCUUUCUGCAUUUUUUGGAGUCAUUUUUCUGCUAGCUUCACUUGUGUUUGUGUAUAUAUUCUGCAAGAGAAAGAGGAUUCAGGAGCCUACACCUUUCAAUGGCACGGAAAAUUUUCCAAAUUUAUCAUACCAAACUCUGUUUCAAGCUACAAAUGGGUUUUCUGCAGAAAAUUUGAUUGGCAGUGGUACAUUCGGGGUUGUGUACAAAGGAAUCCUAAAGACUGAUGGAUCAACUGUUGCCAUCAAGAUAUUUAACCUUGAGUAUCGCGGUGCUUCAAAGAGUUUCAUUGCUGAAUGUGAGGUCCUUCGAAACAUUAGACAUCGAAAUCUUCUGAAGGUGAUAACAGCUUGCUCAAGUGUUGAUCAUCAAGGUAGAGAUUUUAAGGCAUUAGUCUAUGAGUACAUGGUGAAUGGAAGUUUGGAAAAUUGGUUGCAUCUAUCACAAGCAAUAGAUAAGGUUGAAAGCACAUAUAAAACAUCGAGAACCUUGGAUUUUCACGAAAGACUUGAUAUUGCAGUUGAUGUUGCAUUAUCCUUGGAUUACCUUCACCGUCAAUGUGGUGCCCCUAUAGUUCAUUGUGACUUGAAACCGAGCAAUAUCCUCCUCGAUGAUGACUUGGUUGCUCAUGUCGGUGAUUUUGGGCUAGCCAAGAUCCUCCUAGAAGGCAUCAAUAGCAGUCAUGCAAACCAGUACAGUUCUGUUGGAGUUAGAGGAACUAUUGGUUACACUCCUCCAGAAUAUGGUCUCGGAAAUGAGGUGAUUACCAAUGGCGAUGUCUAUAGCUUCGGGAUCCUUUUACUCGAAAUGUUUACAGGAAUGAGGCCUACCGAUGACAUGUUCAAAGGCAGCUUGAGCUUACAUAACUUUGUGAAAAAUGCUAUACCGGAAGAGAUCGACACGAUUGUAGAUCAUACUCUAAUAGAAGACAUAGACAAAGAGAAAGACACCAACAAGAGUGUGAUGUUGGAGGCCUUAACUUCUGUACUUGUUGUAGCACUUUCUUGCUCAGCUGAAGUGCCACAAGAAAGGUUGGACAUGAGUGAUGUAGUUGCAAAUUUAUCACUAAUCAGAAAUAAGCUUCUUGAUUAA